AUGGCAGUGAAAAAUGACAAUUUUCGGGUUGUUGCAGCAAUCGAUUUCGGAACAACUUACAGUGGAUAUGCUUUUUCCUUUCGUGAAGAUCCCCUCCAAAUAAUAACCAAGAAUUGGAGCUCCAGCAUCUCGGGACAUAUAUCUUUAAAAACGCCGACAUGCAUUUUGCUUAAUCCGGAGGGAGAAUUCGAUUCAUUUGGUUAUGAAGCAGAAAGAAAGUAUGCUUCCCUUGCCAAGGAUGGCGAGCACAACGCUUGGGCAUUGUUCCGAAGAUUUAAGAUGAUUUUACACAAUGAAAAGACUUUAUCACCUGAUUCAACUAUUCAAGAUAUCAACGGGAACUCCGCGCUAGCAAUGCGAAUAUUUGUCAUGGCUAUACGUUACCUAAAAAACGAAGUUACGAGCGUAAUAGACUUCGAAAAAUGUGGCAUUGAUGAAAACGACAUCAAAUACAUGAUUACAGUGCCAGCGAUAUGGGACAAUGCCGCAAAGCAGUUUAUGAGGGAAGCAGCAAAAGAGGCUGGAAUAGCAAGCGAUCGUGUACAGCUGGCCCUAGAGCCGGAGGUUGCCUCUAUCUGGUGUCAGACAUCUAAAACUCCGCCAGGCUCCGGAACCCGAAACAUGGUCGUCGACCUUGGGGGAGGUACAGCAGAUAUAUCGAUACAUGAACGCUUAGAAGAUGGAUCAUUGAAGGAAAUUCACAGAGCCAGUGGUGGACCCUGGGGAGGAAUGAACGUAGAUGAAAACUUUUUUGCUUUCCUCCGGGAUAUAUUUGGGGAACAAGCUCUCACAGAAUUAAAGAAAACCGAAAUGGAGAGUUAUUUUGAUAUCGUAAGAUCACUCGAACUAAAGAAAAGAAGCUUCUCCGGGGAAUCAAACGUAAAAUGGGUAAUAGAAGUUCCAGUCCUUCUCCGGGAAUUCUGCGAGGAAACUUGCGGACAAACUCUGCAAAAACGCAUUGAAUAUCUUGGGUACAAACGAGAGAUAAUGGUUAAACCAUCAAAACUGUAUUUGAAUGCACGAAUUGUAAGACAAUGGUUUGACGGUCCAGUAACGAAACUGAUAAACCACAUUCAGAUGUUAUUAUCAGAUCCCGCAAUGGGGAACGUAAACACAAUUGUGUUGGUUGGCGGAUUUUCUGAGAGCAUAUACGUGCAAAAACGAGUCAAGGAAGAAAUACAAGGAGUGUGCUGCAUUGUCCCAGAUGAUGGUGGCCUCGCUGUUUUGAAAGGAGCCGUGAAGUUUGGGCAUUUUCCGUUUGCUGUCAGUUUUAGGGUUCUUCGGUACACGUAUGGUUUAGGUGUCGAUAAGCCCUUUGACAGUACAGUACAUACAGAGGAGUCAAAAUUCUUCAAGUCACAAUAUAACGACUGGGUAGCCAUUGAUUGUUUCAAAGUGAUUGCGUCUAUUGAUGACGAGGUGAGGUACGAUAAGGAGGUUGAAUUCAAUCUAGCUCAGGGAGGAACACAAUCCACAAGCGUUCACAUCUUUCGAUCUACCAAAAAGUCUCCCGUCUAUGUAACAGAUCCAGGUUGUGAGCUUUUAGGGACGAUUGAACUUAACCACACAAUCGAAGAUGACACGAUACAAAUAAUUUGUAUGUUUGGACAGACUGAACUCAAGGUGAAAACGAGACUGAAAAAAUCGGGUCGGGAGUCUACUGUUGUGUUGGACUGUUUGAAAAAAGAGAAACUAAAGGAAACGGGUCGUGGGAAGCAUUCUAAAUAG